AUGUAUGGCAGUUAUUCAUCUGCUGAAGGAGAGACUAAAAGUCCUAUUAGUUACUUAUCUGUUGGGAGAGAGACCUCAAGUCCUGACAUAUGUGCGUCUAUUGCUGGAGAGACAAAAAGUCAUGACAGCUACACAUCGGAUGGAGGAGCGCCUGGGCUUGACAGUUACAUCGAAACAGAAUCACUUAUUUCCUUUAACAUCAGAACAGCUGAAGGAGACUCUGUAAUUACUGAUAGCAUAAUAACACUUAAAAGAGAGUCUCCAGCUUCUGUUGAUCAUAUAUUAGAGGAACCUCCAAGCCUUGACAGUUACACGCCAGGUGAAACAGAAUCCCCAGUAUCUGAAACUCACACAACUAACGAGAGAAGGUCCCCUACCCCUGCCAUUCACACACCUGCAGACGUAGAGUCUUUAGUUUCUGAACAUUAUAGUACUAGAGAAGGGGAGUCUCCAAUCCCUAACAGUUACAUUUCCAUUGAAGAAGAGUCGUAUGCCUCAGGUAGCCUCAGGCCUGAUACGGAGGAGUCUUCAGACCCUGACAUUCAUACACCUUCCUCUGUACAAUCUCUUGCACCUGGCAGUCGCAUGUCCCUUGAGGAUGAAUCUCUCACCAAUGUUAGUCAAACGGUCACUGAAAGUGUGUCGUCGAGGUCUGUUAGUCAUACCUCUUUCGAAGAUGAGGGACCCUCUGCAUCACCUGCAUCUGAUAGUUACACCCCGGUUGAUGAAGGGACUUUAAACUCUCUUCGUGAAAUUGUUCAUGAAGGACCAUCAAGAUCUCCAGUUCUUGACAUUCAUAGGCCUAUUGAGGGAGAGACUCUAUUUCUUUACCGUCAUAUCCCAGUUGCAGGAGAGUUUCCAAUUCUUGACAGUUCCACAAUGACCGAGUAUGAGUCUUUGAUACCGGAUGUUGCCAGAAGUCAUACGACUGAAAGACAGACUUCAUUGCCUGACAGCCACGUUUAUUCUGAAGGAGAGUCUCCCUCUCUUGACAGCCGCAUAACUUCAACAGAGGAGUCUGUAGCUCAAAGAUGUUCAGGUUUAGAAUCUCCAACUUCCGACAGUCAAAUGACUGCAGGAGAAUCUUCAAUGGCUAGUAGCCAUACAACCUCUGUAGGUAUAUCUUCAAUACCUGGCAGCUCUAAAACUCCAACAAGGGAGUCCCCGAUGCCUGACAGCCAGACAACUGCAGAGGAAGAAUUACUAAUGACUGACAGCCAUUCAGUUUCUGUAGAUGAAGCUCCAACUCCAAGUUGUCACAUAACUUCCCCAAUACCUGACAGCCACACGACUACAGAGAGAGAGACAGUAAGGCCUAGCAGUCGUGCUCUUUUUGCAGGAGAGGUUUCGAUUCCUGAUAGCCCCACGGCAACAGAGAGGGAGUCACCAAAACAUAUGAGUCAUGUACCUUCUGUACGAGAGGCUUCAACUCCUGAUAGCCACACGACAGCAGAGAGAGAGUCUCCCUUGCCUUGGAGCCACUUUCCUUCUGAAAGAGAGACUUCUAUUCUUGAUAAUUAUACGACUAUGGAAGCGGAGUCACCAAAGUCUUUGAGUCGUGCUCCCUCUUUAGGAGAGACUUCAACCCUUGACAGCUGCACGACUACGGAGGCGGAGUCACCAAAGCCUCGGAGUCCUGCUCCUUCAGUUGGGAAGACUUCAACCCUUGACAGCUGCACGACUACUGAGGCGGAGUCACCAAAGUCUCUGAGUCGUGCUUCUGUAGGAGAGACUUCAACAUUUGACAGCUGCACGACUACCGAGGCGGAGUCACCAAAGCCUCGGAGUCCUGCUCCUUCUGUAGGAGAGACUUCAACCCUUGACAGCUGUACGACUACAGAGGCGGAGUCACCAAAGCCUCUGAGUCCUUCUUCUCUGCACGACUACCGAGGCGAGUCACCAAAGUCUCUGAGUCCUGCUCCUGAAGGAGAGACUUCAACUCUUGAAAGAUGUACGAGUACGGAGACAGAAUCACCAAAGCCUGACAGCCGUACUCUUUCUGUAGAAGAGGCUUCACCUUCUGACAGCCGCACAACUAAAGAGAGUGAGUCACCAAGGCCUGACAGCUGUGCUCCUUCUGUAGGAGAGUUGUCAACGCUUGACAGCCACACGACUACAGAGAGUGAGUCACCAAGACCUGGCAGCCGUGCUCCUUCUGUUGGAGACUCUCUAACUCUUGACGCUCAGACAAUUGACGAUAAAGAUCUUGCAUCCCCUGACGGUCUUACAACUUCAGAGGAAGAAAUUUCAACGCCUGACAGCCGCAUAACCUCAGUAGGAGAGUCUUCAGUGACGUACAGUCACGCAACAAUGGAACGAGGAGAUAAAGAGGAGACGACGAGUCUUCUUAGUGAGACAGACGUAGAAGGAGAGUCACAGAGCUCUACUGGAAGGCCAAUUGUGGGGAAAGAGGACGAGGAAAGCCAGGUUAGCAUGGAGGGAAGUCCUGACAGCCAGGCGGCGCCGGAGGGGGGAGUAGGUCAGGCACCAAGCGCUGACGUCCAGGUGUCUGUUGAGGGAAAAGCGGAAAAGGAAUCAGCACCAGAGAGUCAUGUGAUGGUGAGACACAAGGAAGGGAAAUCCACCCGUGAUCACCACGAUGACAGCCUUUUAUUUGUAAUGAGAGAUGGUCGAGCUUACACUUUAGUCAACGCCGGUGUGCAUUAG